AUGAGCCGGGAUUAUUUGGGAGCGGAAUUUGAAUUGGGCGAAAGUGAUAGCGACUACGGAAAUGUCAGCGACGACAACGGAUAUUCUGAUGACGACGGCUAUAACCAACUUGAUCUAAACACUGAUCUCAUCGGCAUUAACCGCACGACGAAGGAUCUCAAUAUCGUGAAUUCUUACAGGCCAUACUGGUCGUGUCAAGAAGCAUUCCGCGAGUCGUACCAAAACUGGAGAGACGGCAUUCUGAGUUCUUUCAACCUCAAUCUAUCCCAACUUCAUCCUACGUAUACCGAGAACAAAAAGAAACGAGUCAUACUCAUCGAGGCCAGUCACCCGGACACCAAAGAACUUCUUGGUUUCAUCCAGUUCAAACAUGAUAAGGACGGAUACUGCAAAGAUGGCCUCAAGAUCGUCAAUUUCAAAGCCACUCUGAAGUACCGCAACCUGGGUACUGGAGCAACAACCAAGUUCCAUGAUGAUAGACAGACAGGACAGCACGGCGAUGGCAUGAAAAUCUCUGCUCUUGUUUAUCGGCGCGAAGGCUACAACGUCUGUUAUGAGAGCAGUGGUUUCAGAUGGAAAUUCAUCUACAAAAAGGGUAACCUAGUCUGCUCGCUCACACGCAUUAAGGAGAAGACUCUGGAGAAGAUGAAAGCGAAGGCCAAGGGUCAGCCCAGGACUUAUGACUCUCAUCCCUGGGAAGAUGUUUGCUUGACAGUUGGCUCUAAAGAUUCUACUCGGGAUGAGUUCGGGUACAAGAAACCAGGCGAACGACUCCACAUUACUGAAUUCAAGGAGUGGCUUACCGUCACGCUCGAUAUCAACCCACCCCAGAACAUCAUCCGCACCAUUCAUGGCGAUCUCAUCCGGGACCCCAAAUACCAAGGGCACAUGUAUCUGCGCGGUCUUCUCUUGCCGGACGGUGGAAUAAAGGGAAAGAACUACGUAUACGGUUAUAACUUUGCUGAGGGACGUACUAGCAUUGAUCGCAAUGCGCUCAUGGGCGUAGGCGAAGAGAGUGAAGGAAUCUCUGCUAUUUGGACAGCUGCGAUGCGAACAGACGAGUCGACUGACUCGGAACUUGUGUCGGACUACACCCAACUGCUGCUGAAUUCCAUCAACAAGAAGGGUGACGUGAUGAUGCAGAUUGAAGAUGGAAAGGGUGAGCUUAUGCAAAGCGAUGUCACCGGAUGGAUCUGGACGAAGAUGAAAACGCUCAACACGGACCAAGAAGGUCGGGCGGCCUUCUACUAUUCGGCCGCUGAUGGCAAAGACACAGCAAAAGCCGUCAGCGAUGGCGUCACCUUCACUGGUCUCGAUCCCAGCUUUGACUACAGCCCCAGUGUAUCAAGAGACGCUGAAGGGGCUUUCAUUGGUCCUCACCUUGAGGGCACAAGGCCUCGUGACAAAGAUGAAUUUUUUGAACUCAUUGCUGAAGUGGACACCGAGCAAGUACUACCCUCGGUCGAGAUCCGCUCACGCCCCGAUGCUGCCGAUCCAGUUCGUCAGCGGAGCAAUCACCAGCUUCCCCAUGUCAGCGAUGAUGACGAGAUGGAAGACAAUGGCUCUCUCUAUCAGCCAUCAACUCCAAAUCGGCCUCCAUCAGUUCCAGCGGCUCCGCCGACUCCGCCCACGGCACUGAGCCCUGAGCCACCACAGGUGCGCAGCAAGACAAUACAAGUGAGCCUGGGGAAGCAGCCCAAGGAAGAUUUGUACGCCCUUGGCACCAAGAUCGAACACAAAUCGCUUGAUUGGGGUGGUAGCUUCCCAGGAAGUCAUGACUUCUACCGAACACGCGAGAAACCAGAACAGGAGAUAUACAUCCUAAAGUCGAAGGUUAGCACGACAAAAUCGCGUCACAAAAGAAUGCAAUCUGGACCUAAAGAGCGCGGCAGUGCGAAGAAAUCGCGAAGCGGCACUGUGGCUGAACGGACGGCCCAACCUGCGUACAUUGUUCUUUCGAGCCCAGAACCAGAAAACGAUGUGGACACGCCCAUUCCCCGGGAAAGCCUCGCUGUACGCAGUGGGCGGGCGGAUAUAACCCCACUGCCAGACAAAGGCAUAGUAUAUCGGUACUGA